AAGCAGCAAAAUCCCAAAACAGUCAGGGUUCAUCAGAGGUCCCGCUGAGACUUACAUUUCUGUGUCUCUUGCAUUAUCUGGAGUGGCUGGUCUUCAAGUGCUAAUGGAGCUAAGCUCUAUCAAUAUAAUGUGACAACAGAUUAUGGAAAAAACCUUGAAAACAUGAAAAGAACAAAAAUGGAUGCACAGGCAUCUGCCUGCCUCUGCAGAGAGCCUGACACAGGAGCUCAGAGAGGUGUGAACUGCCCCAUUCGUCAAAGUGGGGUAUAUCUGAUUAUACCAUGGCUUCUAAUGGAAAAGACACAACUAUAGCAUCACCAGAGCAUGGGGAGGAAGAGCAACAGAAUGUCUUGAGGAGGGUGGCCAGUCUACCUUUAGUCAACUCUGCCUAUGAUCUGGCUGCCACUGCCUAUGCUUCCACCAAGGAGAGCCAUCCCUAUGUGAGGUCCAUCUGUGACAUGGCAGAGAAGGGAGUGACCUCCAUUACCAAUGCUGCAGUUAGCAGCACACAGCCAGUUGUAACUAAACUUGAACCUGAGGCGACAACAGCAGAGGAGGGUGUUUCUGAAGUACCUGACAAAGUGGAGGAGAAUCUGCCAGUCCUUCAACAGACUGCUGAUGAGCCUACAUCUGAGACACAGGAGCUGGCCUCUCCCAGACUGACAGAUGUCAAGGAGACCAUGAUCAGAGUGGUAGAUAUGACCAAAGAGGCUGUGCAGGACAGUAUGAAGACCACCAAAUCAGUGGUAACUGACAGCAUGAGCACAGUUGUGGAAUCAAGAAUGGGCCAACUGGCCAUAAGUGGAAUGGAAGCAGUGCUGGAGAAAUCUGAAGAGCUCUUGGAUCACUAUCUGCCCAUGACAGAGGAUGAACUAGCUGAACUUGCUGAAUCUGUGGAAGGGACUGAAGUGUCUUCAGCACAACCACAAGAGCAUCGGAGUUACUUCGUGCGUUUAGGUUCCCUGUCAACCAAACUUCGCCAACGUGCCUACCGCUACUCCCUGAACAAGAUGAGACAUACAAGUCAAAGCAUCAGAGAGGCUCUUUGCCAGCUUCAUGAAACCAUGGGACUGAUUGAAUACCUUAAGCAAGGUGUGUCUCUUCAAGAAGUCCAGGAGAAGUUCCAUCACAUAUGGCUGAGCUGGAAUAGAGAGCAGCCAAAAAGCAGUGACCUCAAGGAUUUGGCAAAACCAGAGGUAUGUACAUUUGGGUGUGUGCAUGGAGGGGGUGGGGGCAGUCACAUCUGGUCUGAGAAGUUAGCAAUUAUUCUGGGCCUUGAAGGGUGGUAUCUUUGAAUAAGUAGCUCAAACUCAGGUCGUCAUAGAUUUAUUACAAAGUUGCUCCCUUUUUGAGCCUAAUCAGUGGCUUCCUUGCUUAGACAUCCCUAAAGUGAUGUCACACCAGCAAGGUCUGUGUCCAAGAAGCACAGUAGCUUUAGAGUCAUGCUUCCUACUCUUUAAGCCUCUGCACAGCCUGAAAACUGACUGUAGAUCAUGGGUUUGCAACCAGUGAAACCCCUGUUAACUUGGCUUAGCUCUGUUCUGACCCACCUUACAUGGCUUAUUGCCUCUGUUAGCCUCCAUUGUCACAAGUGGCUUCU